AUGUUAUCUUAUUCUCUACUCUACGGCCUGUUUAACAGCAGAGCAUUUGAUUUUGAAAAAAAUGCUGACCUGGAUGGACAUUUGAAUGUUGGCCUCUCUUGUGCAGACAAUGGUACGCCAUCUCUCACCUCUGACUUGACAGUUCGAAUUCGACUCCGUGAUCUUAAUGACAAUUACCCGCAGUUUGAGUACCAGACAUUCAUUUUCACUGUGUACGAGGAUAUUCCAAUAGGAUCUGAGAUUGGUCGAAUAGUUGCACGAGACGCUGAUAGCGGUCCAAGAGGCAAACUCAGCUAUUGGCUUGGUGCUGAUGACCCAGACGAUCUUGAUCUUAUUGAGAUUGAUAGAGAAACGGGAAGAAUUACAUCAAAAGUGGCAUUAGACCGGGAGGAGAAGGACAUGCUUAAUUUUCGUGUAACAGCUGCCGAUGGAGGAAAUCAAGACACUCAUCAAGGAUUCGAGGAAAUACCCAGAGACGCAAAGACUAAUACAACUACCGUCAAAAUUCGUCUGUUAGAUGUAAACGACAACGCACCGCAGUACAUGGGUGAGAAGGAGGUUCAUGUACGUGAGAACAACGAAGAAGGUUUUGUAAUCCUCGACAAUCUUCCCUUUCAAGACAACGACUUAGGAGAAAAUGGAACUAUCAGAUUAUUUCUCACUGACUAUGGCUACGAUGCUGUGGAGUAUCUGAUGCCCUCUCAUUCCAGUGGGAUGUUUUCCUUACUCAAUGACAAACAAUUAAUUUUAACCGAGUCAGUUGAUCGGGAGCAGAAUGCACAUAUCUUUGUGCGAAUAAUCGCAAUGGAUGGAGGACGAGUACGCCAGCUAACUAGUACCACCACCCUUACCGUCAUCGUGGAUGAUGAAAAUGAUAAUUAUCCCCAUCUCACACAUCCACCAAACGCUACCAUGCUUUCUGGUCCCACAAACCACUAUGAAACUAUUGAUGAUCAAGAGAGUCGCACAAUACCGGUGGAUACGCCCGUUGGUAGUCUUAUCACAACUUUGAGAUCGCGUGAUCUGGAUUCUGGGGAUAAUGGACGCGUUUACUACCACCUUCUAAAAGCCGAACCCCAUGAACUCUGGUUUCCCACACAUCAAAGUCAUGUGGGGCAUAGCGUGGAGAACUCUUUGCAGAAACACAAACUAGUCUUAGAUGGUAGCCAGUACUUCAAAAUCGACGAAGUGGACGGUCAUUUAAGGACUGCUUGGUUGUAUGGAGCUCAAAAUGACCACACGAGUAGCAACACUACAGGAACUCCAUCUUCACCACCAGCAUUUGGUGUGCAUGUUAUUGUUGUUGAACUCAGAGAUGCUGGAAAUCCGUCUUUGGCAACGCGAGUAAUCCUUUAUGCCAAUGUCACCGAGGCUGCGAAUUCGGGGUUCUUUGGACUCUCAGGAUUAGGUUUUGGUGAAGCUGGUCUGGGAAACACUGUCAUUUUGAUUCUCAUUAUCGUUUGCAGCUUUGCUCUUAUAAUCAGUCUUACGGCAGCAAUAUUUUGGGUACGGCUUAGAGUUUACACAAGUAAUGGUCAGUCCAAUCAGACAAACGGUAUCAAAUAUCAGACAGGUUGUAUCAGUGUCUAUCAAGACGGCUUAUCACGAGGUCCUCGUGACGGUGGACUUGGUUAUUUGGAUAAUGCAGGAACCUUCAAGCCACUGGAAGGUAUUCGAUGGAGCACUCCAAAUGUACUCGAUCCAUUAAGAUAUACAGCACAUACUUCCCCAGACAUCGGAGGUCAGGGCAAUAGUGGGAGUUUGGCAUUCAUUGGAAAAUCACCAAACGGAUAUUUGGAAUCCGAGGAGGUGCAAAUGCUUUCAGUGAUUCACCCCGCUGAAGCUGAGGGCAUAAUGAUGCGAGGUUAUGAUCAGCUGAUUGUGGGAAGUGGAGAACAAUAUGAACUCUGCUUCCCCGAGGCCGUUCCAACUAACUUUGCUCAACUCCAAGCGGGUUCAACAGAGAGUGACAGUGGAUUAGACAGUGGAGGCUACAUGAUUGGGCACGCAUCAUCGCCAUCUCCCGAGGGGGCCACAGAACACCCCUUGGGUCCGGCUUCCGAAUUGAGCGUCCCCUCGACGUUUAAGCCCUCCCUAGGUCGUGCCCAUGUCCACCAGCCCGUCGGGUGCAGUACAAUAGCUGCCGAUGUGAUUAGGCAAAGUCCGAGCAAACAGAUUCUGCUCGGAACAGCCUGCAAUACCAUGGACUUGGGCGCUCUUCACAAAGGUCUCGGCUACAUUCCUCGCGAUUCUGUAGGUCCUUUAAACACUUACUCUCAAUAUUUUAAAACUGGUCUUGCUAUGUACUCCUCAUUGAAACAAUUAACCAAAUCCUAUUUAAACUAUUAA